AUGAAAGUGAACACUAACGUUUGGUAUGAGAAGAGUUCAAGUGGUUGGAAGUCCAGCCCAACCAAAGAAGGUCAGACUCUCCGUUCUUUAAUGGCAUAUGUUUCUUUAAGUCAUUUCUUGCCGAAUGAUUGUCAGAAGAAACGCAAGAAACUGCAUCACCUCGGUCAUGCACCCUCACGCACUUCUGUUCCAUGUAUGAGUACAUUUCGGAAGGAGCCACUGCGUAGCUUGGGAUGGAUUCUUAAGGGCACUAAAGAGAAUUUAAGUGAAGACUGCGAGGAACACCGUGAUCAAGUGCAGCAACGGAGCGCGAAAGCUGUUCACGAAGGAGACAAAAACGAAUUGUUGGCCUCGAAUCUACGCAACUACGAGAAUACCUUUAGCCUACCGCGAUUUUUUGAGCCGGAAAAUUUCAAGGAUGCACCUAUAGCGGUAUGUUACACCUACUCCGAUGUGGAUGUGCUACUGAAACUGACAGAGAAGGACUGUAAAGUUGGCUUCUCAGUCGUAACAACAUCAGAAGGAUGCGAAGUGAACCAUAUCACUUUAGGCACAGCAGCCGAGCGAGCCGGUCUUACCGUAGGCGAUGAAAUACUUGCAGUGAACGACGUUGAGAUUGAGGGGAAAUCUCAUGAGGAGGUCGUCAAAUACAUACAAGAGUGUAUUCGGUCAAAAAGAAUUCAAUUGAAAGUUCGUCGGAAAUCUAUCGAUAAGACCCAACAGUCAACGUCGACUGAACCGAAAGUGAUUGAAGCGUAUCUCGUAUCGGUGAACAAGGAUCGAACCAAGGAGGUCACGAAGAGACUGAAAAAGAAAAAUCCUCUCGUAAAAACAUUCGACAUGGAAUCGAUCGCAUCAGAACCGGCUGCUUCAUGUCAGGCUCCAUCCACAGCAUCUCAACUUCAACUUCAUCAGACUGCUAAUGACCGGUUAAAAUUGUAUGAGUUGGACGUGAAGGCACGUUUGUCACAAAAAGCACAACGUGAAAAGGAGAACGAUUUUCUAAGAUCCUCCUUGAGACAAUCGAAAAAACUACAAGCAUUAGCGGCUUCAAAAGACAAACCGGUCUGCAUCGACAUGCCUGAUUUGAAUCCAACCGGCGGGAAAACUCUUAAUGGAUACGAGAAUCAGUGUUAUGAUCAGGCUGAUAUCACUGUGAAUGGAAAAAUAGAAAGCAAUAAUAAUCAGGCUAUGCCUUUGAAACAAGUUAUUGUGUCUGUGGAUCGAAUAACGGAUCAUUUAUCAAAAGUGGAGGGACGUGAAGAGGAUUCGAAGAUUUUACACGAAUAUUUCCAUUCGGAACCCGUUCAGACAGCGAUAGAAGCGAUCGCUGUUCAUCGGAGGAGGGACGAGGAAAUUAUAGAGGAUGAGUCGUCUUUUAUUAUAAACGGGAUUGCCGCCGAAUCUCCCACCAAGCCGCUUGAACCAAACGUACACGUGGUGUCGCUGUACAAAAAAGAAGACAGUUACUUGGGUGCGACAGUACGAAAUGAAGAGGACCGAAUAGUUGUCGGGCGAGUGGUUAAAGGAGGGAUUGUAGAGAAGACGGGACUGCUCAAAGAAGGUGAUGAAUUACUAGAAAUGAAUGGUAUUGAUCUACGCGGAAAGAACGUCACUGAAGUGUGCGAGUUAUUGCGUUCAAUUUCCGGCGAGGUUCGAUUUGUGGUCUCAUCACCUGCUGUGAGUGAAAAGAAGACUGCGCCACCCUCUACGGGAGUGAAAUACAUGAGAGCAUUAUUCGACUAUGACCCAGAGGAUGACAUCUACGUUCCAUGCAAAGAACUGGCGUUAAAAUUCCAACGAGGCGAUAUUUUACACGUGAUGAGCACAGAAGACGAAAAUUGGUGGCAAGCAUAUAGAGAAGGAGACGACACAUCGCAAUCGCUGGCAGGACUCAUACCAAGUUCCAGUUUCCAUCAACAAGUUGUACUAUACAUGGACGAAAUGGACCGUGACACUAAGCCGAAAUGUAGAACAGAUUCGAAAAAACGACUACAAGAGGUGAUCCGUACCUUAGGCAGAAAAACUUCUAAGGAAGUCCAGCGAAGUGCCGAUGAACCGGCUAACAAUAGUUUUGGCUAUCAUUCAGACCUCCUCACCUACGAAGAAGUGGUUUUUCAUCUCGCUCGAACCGAACGUAAACGCACUUUGGUCCUCUGUGGGCCGGAAGGUGUUGGCUGCUUGGAGCUGCGACAACGGCUGCUGGAAUCGGACCGGGAUCGCCUUGCCGGACCCAUACCCUAUACCACUCGACCGCCAAGAGAUGGAGAGGUGGAUGGAGUGCAUUACCAUUUCAUUUCGAGGCAACGAUUCCUCGAUGACGCAAAGGCGUCUAAAUUUGUUGAAUACGGAGAAUUCGAGAAACACAUGUAUGGGACCGCAGCCGCCGAUAUCGUCAACGUUAUCCGGAGAUCAAAAACUUGUGUGCUUACACUGAAGGCUGAGUCACUGAUUGCUGUUCGAACGGCCGAAAUCAUGCCGUUCAUACUGUUUGUCGCUCCUCCCUCACUUCAAACGUUACGCAGGCAAAAAGAAUGUAGUGGCCAGUUCCACGUGAAAGAUGACGAGUUGAAAGGGAUUCUAACACAAGGAAAGAAUAUAGAACAGAAAUUCGGACACCUUUUCGAUUCGAUCAUUGUGAACACGGACUUUGACAAAUCCUUAGCCGAGAUCAAAUCGAUUCUAAGGCGACUCGAAAUCGAACCGCAAUGGGUGCCUGCGGAGUGGGUGCAAUGA